GACUAUUUCGGUGCGAAGUGGAUGGAGGAGCAGAAGGAGAGGGAGAGAAAGGAGAGAAAGGAGAGGGAAAGAAAGGAGAGAAAGGAUAGGGAGAGGAGGGAGAAGGAGAAGAGGAGGAAGAGGAAAAGGGCGGAGGUUUAUAUAACCCGACACGUAGCAGCCAUUCUCCAACGUCAAGAAUUCAUCCUCAAACUGGCUCGUGCAAUGAUGAUGUUUGGGGGUCCUUCACACAGACUCGUCGCGCAGAUCCAAAGCACAGCACGUGUCCUCGAGCUCGAUAUGAGUUGUCUGUACCUCCCUGACGUCAUGUGGAUCAGCUUCGAAGACAACGCAACGGGGACGAGUCACGUCAAGUUUAUUAGGCAGGCGAGUGCGUUGGAUUUGGGGAAGCUGGGGGAGGCGCAUGGGUUGUAUUGGGAUGUCAUCCACGAUGUCAUCUCUGUAUCCUCAGCCAACACCGCCCUCGACACCCUCAUGCGCAAAAAGCCAAUCUACUCCUUCCCCAAACUUAUAUUCCUAGGCGGGUUGUGUAGCAGCAGCAUCUGUAGCGUUAGCUUCAACGGGAGCUUCAUUGACACCCUUGUCUCCUUCCCCCUGGGUGCGCUCCUCGUCACCAUCCAACUCCUCAGUGUGCGCAACGAGCUAUAUGGAAACGUGUUUGAGAUAACGGUUGCUACGCUUCUGAGCUUUGUGAGCGCUGCGCUUGCUAGUACAGAGAGGAUUUGUUAUGAGGCUGUUGCUAGCAGUAGUGUAGUUUUGAUUUUACCUGGCUUCAUAGUCCUGAAUGGCUCCCUCGAAAUCUCCUCCCGGUCCCUAAUAGCAGGCUCCGUCCGUCUCUGCUACGCCCUCAUGUACAGCCUCUUCCUCGGUUUCGGGCUGGCUAUCGGAGCUGAGCUCUACCAAACAAUACUCGGCAAACGUCUUGUAGGAGGCACAGAUUACAUGUGUCUCUCGAGCCACGAUCCCAAAGGCGGGUGGUGGCAGCGCACCCCGAGUUUGUGGUGGGCGUUCCUCAGUGUGCCGUGUUAUAGUCUGUUUUUAAGUUUGAGAUUUGGGGCUGUUGUUGGGAGGAGGGAGUUGUUCCUCCUAGUCGCCAUCUCAUGCAUUGGAUGGGUGACGAACCACUUCGUAGGCGUCAAGUUCCCGAACCAGAGCGAUAUAUCAGCUGCUGUUGGAGCGUUUGCUGUAGGGUUGGUGUCUAAUCUUUAUGGGAGGUUUUUUGAGGGAAAUGCGUUUGUUGUUAUGAUCACAGGCAUACUCUUUCAACUCCCUUCAGGCCUAGGCAACGGCGGACUGUUCAACUUCGUCGUUGAUCAAACCUCAGGGUCGAGUUCUUCCUAUUCAAGCGGGUUCAACACUGCGCUCCAGUUGAUCAGCACGAGUGUCGGGUUGACUGUGGGUCUUGGAAUCAGUUUGGUGCUCGUUCAUCCUGUUCAGAGCAGGAGGAGGGCUGCGGGGGUGUUUAGUUUGUAG